CCGGAAGAGCGAGUGAUCUGUCCCCGCCCCGGCAGCUCAGUCAGUACGACCCGAAGAGAAGGAGAGUCCACGGCUAAAAAUACAAUAGCUAACACAAGAUGGCCGGUUUGCCUCGUAGGAUUAUAAAGGAGACGCAGCGGUUGAUGGCGGAGCCCGUUCCAGGGAUCACGGCCACGCCCGACGAAGGGAACGCCCGCUACUUCCACGUGGUCAUCGCGGGGCCUCAAGACUCUCCGUUUGAAGGGGGCACAUUUAAACUUGAACUAUUUCUUCCAGAAGAGUAUCCCAUGGCGGCUCCCAAAGUGCGAUUCAUGACCAAAAUCUACCACCCCAACGUCGACAAACUGGGAAGAAUAUGUUUAGACAUUUUGAAAGACAAGUGGUCUCCAGCCCUGCAGAUCCGUACAGUGUUGCUAUCUAUCCAGGCGUUAUUAAGUGCUCCCAAUCCAGAUGAUCCCCUGGCAAACGACGUCGCAGAGCAGUGGAAGAAAAACGAAAGCCAUGCCAUUGAGACAGCCCGAACAUGGACCAGGCUCUACGCGGGCCCCAGCGAAGUAUAGAAGAAGAGAGACGAGGCGACUGAAUGUGAUCCACAAAAUGUACUCCUAAUAUGUCAUCAUUUGAAUAGAACAGACACACACACACACACAACAACAAAAAAAAAAAACGAGAAAAGAAGAAAAAAAAAACAAGAUCAUAAGUCCAAAUCUAUCUCAAAAGAAUGGGUGACUCAUUCUCCCCUCGAAGACGCGUUUAAUGUGUGGACGUCUACUAUUAUUUUAUUUUAUUUCUGUGUUGCUAUUUAAAAUGCAUGGGCAGAGGAUGGCACCCUCCCCACUACAGUCUUAAAAUCACCAUGCAACAUGUCGUCCUGAAGUAGGGUACAUACUGGUACGUUUGCAAAAUAUAAAUUAAAGCUGCCCUUCUUUUAACACACCUGAUUUGUCGACACAUCUGUCCGUCUUUUUGCGAGAGAUGACGACAAACGCACAGGAGCACGGCUGCAACACACGCCACCACUUGUGAGUCAAAUAAGAACAAUGACGUUUCCCUGUACUCUUUUAUUUAAUUUUUUUAUUAGGGAACACAAUGAGUUUUUUAGGUAGAACGUUCAACUCUAAAAAGGUUAGUUGAGCUUCCACACCUUUAUGUCUGUGCAUACGGACAAUAACAACACUUGCGUAUUAAAUGGGUGGUGCAGCUACUGUAGGUCAUCUCAUGGGGGCACUUAACACACGUGAAACUAACUACACAUACACACAGUAAAUGUGAAAUCAGUCAAUUUAAAGGGGUUCCACUUAAAAAAUACAGUCCUAUUUAAUCCGUCACUUCAUCUGAAAUGUAAGAUUUGUAAUUAAAGACUUAAUCAACUGAGGGCGAAAAACAUUUAAAACCAUUUAUGCGAUGGCUCGUGUCAAUUUAUGGCCCGGACAGAUGUGAUUCUUCACUUUUCACAUCUAAACACAGUUCGUAAAGUGAAAGUAAAGACAGAUUAUUGUGAGAUUCGAUGCAUGAGCCCAAUGAGAUGAGGAUUGUGCCCAAAAGAAUCCCAAACCGACCUGUUUCAAAUGUGAGAUUUUGUUAUUUCGGUCACGUUCAGCCGCCUGAAUGAAAUAUCAACGUGUGGAUAUUUCCUUCAUUCAAAGUAUUGUUUUGCAUCUUUCAAUGAUCAGUCUUUACAGCCCCGGUCAGACGGUUUGGGGAGGGUGAGCGAAUCGCUUCCACACACCUUAAAAUUAAACAGAAGCCUUUCCCGACCCAUCCAGAAAGGUAGCAGACCUGAUGUGUUGAGAACGAAUUUUCUUUUGUUUUUAAGAGUGGAGGAAUCAGAGCUGAUUUUCUUUUCUUUUUUUUGAAUUGUCUGUCCAUGCUAUCUAUGUUGCCUGUUCUCUAUUUCCUUUCCAGAGUUAAUGAAACAGAAAGCAUGUACCAGAAUCAGAGUCACAUCAGGCAUUUUUUUUUUGUCGAGAGUUGAGGUGCUUUUCUUUAAAGGGAUAGUUGAAGCUUUUUAUCGUUUCUUCUCACCGUGACUUUCCGGACCGGCUCUCAACCGGCUUCUUCUCUUUCUAUAUCGAUCUGUGAUGAUUAUGCAAGUGAGUUCCAUCGAUUCCGGAGGCACUUUUGUGGUAGAACAAGUGAUAACACAAAUACAAUAUUCAAAUAUUCCUCAUUAAAUGUCCUCUGUUACAGAACUCCUAUUGGCUAGAAAUCCGCAGUCCCUGAAAAUGUAAAAAUCCUGCAUCAAAUUCUGCGUUGAUUUAUUGUCGAACUUAACAGCUUUCCGAAAAACGCUGGAGCUUUCCUUUUUAAAGGUCACUGUGCUAGUGCGUUAGAGGGAUCGGUGUGACUCGUCGUCCAGUAACUUAAGACCCUUCACGCUCAUCUUGCUUCUGUAUGGCUCAUCUGAGGGAGGACCGUAACGUUACUUUGUAGUAAAACUUAAUUUCGUUUUUUUCUUUUUCUCGCUCUUUCUCGGACUAUAUCGCAGGCUUUGGUGUGGCUUAGAUUUGUUUGUGUCCUGUCCCGACCCCGAAGUAUUAAAUAACUGUUUCUAACCGCUGCAUUUACUCACGUCUGUAAGAUGGAGCACGGCUUAAAAGAAAAAACGACCACAACCGAGUUAACUUAUUGUUUUUCACUGAGGAACUUGACAGCAAUCUGAAAGAAAGAAAAAGAAAACAAGUCACUCACUGGAUUUUUGAAGCAUCUAGAUCAAAGGUAUCGAGAGAUCCAACUCUUGUGAAUCAGCUCCCCAUGUGUAAAGAAGAAGAAGAAGAGUUCUGUCGGUAAUUUCAGUACAUUUGCAUACAUGGCUCUUCAAAUACUCUGUAAAUAAACUGAGUUGAGUAAGUACAUAA